AUGACUGAAUUUGUUCAACCAGUCAGUCAAUCAGUUUCACAUGUAGGCAUACUUCAAGUCGGAUCAAUGAAUGAUGUAGAUAGUUUUGAUGUAGAUCGAUUCAGUGGUUCAUUACAAUAUGGUGAUCAUCAUAUCGCUCAAUCUGGUAUAGAAGAUAAUACAAAAAAAAAAGACAGAAAAAAAUUAAAGAAAAAAGAAGAAGAAAAUGUAAAACGUACUCAACGUCAACGUGAAAAAGAAGAAAAAAAAGUUCGCAAACAAGAAGAAAAAGAACGUAAAAAAUCAAAAACGGAACAACAAUCAUUAUCAUCAAAACGAAUUAUUAAUACACAACUUAUUAAUAAAUCUAAAUCACGAAUUAUAAUGUUAGAUGAUACUGAAGAAUAUGUAGAUUUAAGUAAAGAUGAUACAGGUAAAAUAUUAUAUACUCGUGUAUGUGAUUUAAUGCGAUUAGAAGAAAAAGAUUAUUUUGGUUUAACUUAUAUUGAUAAUGAAAAUAAUAGAUGUUGGCUUGAUAAUGAUAAACGUGUUCGAAGUCUUGAUCCAAUCUUUUAUUUUCAAGUUAAAUUUUAUCCACCAGAACCAGCUUUACUUCAAGAAGAUAUUACGAGAUAUCAAUUAUGUCUUCAAUUACGACAAGAUAUUCUUUCUGGAAAAUUACCUUGUUCAUUUGUAACUUAUGCUCUAUUGGGUUCAUAUACAGCUCAAGCUGAAUUAGGAGAUUAUAGUGAAUUAGAUCAUGGAACAACAUAUGAUUAUCUUAAAGAACUUCAAUUUGCACCUCAACAAGAUGAAGAAUUAUUAAAACGUAUUCAUGAACAACAUAAAAGACAUAAAGGUCAACCACCUAAUGCAGCUGAUUUACAUUUUCUUGAAAAUGCUAAAAAAUUAGCCAUGUAUGGUGUAGAUAUUCAUCCUGCACAAGAUUCUGAAAAUGUUAAUAUUAAUAUUGGUGUUUCAGCUAAUGGAAUAUUAAUAUAUCGUGAUAAAUUACGUAUAAAUCGUUUUGCUUGGCCAAAAAUAUUAAAAAUAUCUUAUAAACGAAAGUAUUUCUUUAUUAAACUUCGACCAAGUGAUUUUGAUCGAUAUGAAAGUACAAUAGGUUUUAAAUUACCAACAUAUCGAGCAGCAAAAUCUUUAUGGAAAAUAGCUGUUGAACAUCAUGCUUUCUUUCGUUUACGUCGACCAGAAGAAAUUCGCAAACGACCUAUUUUACCAAGAUUUAAUUCAACAUUUCGUUAUACAGGAACAUAUACAUAUCAUCAAACUCGACAAUUAUUACUUGAUAGACCUAAUCCUGAUUUUGAAAGAUCAUUAAGUAAACGAAUGACAAGAAGUCUUGAUGUUUGUAAGUAUAAUUUAGUUAAAAAUUAAAUAUCAGUAUAAUAUAUGUGACGUUAAAAAAAUUUUCGAACAAAUUGCAUUGAAAAUAAACAAAAUACAUUAGAAUUAUUAAUAUAUGAGGCUGGUCAACCUGGCCGGAGGCCCCAUUAAUAUUUCUUUGUAUUGUAAGGAUAAAACAUACUAUUGUUCGGGUCAUAUAAGAGAGGAUCCUAGAUAACCUUGGAUUGGAC